AUGAAAAUUAAAAUUAAAAAUGUUAUAGAUAAUGAAUGUACACUUUUAAAUAAUAGUGGAAGUGGUGGUGGUGGCGGUAGUAUAAAUAAUAAAACUAAUUCAUUUAACACUUUUUAUCAUCCAAGUGAUAAACAAAGGAUUAAUCCAUAUUUAGUGUGGCCAAUAAAACACCAAGGAGAAAAUGAUUAUUACUGUUUAAAUUUUUUACAAAUUUUUGAUUCACCACCAUUGAAAAUUAAAUCAAUUAUUUUUGAAUACAAGAUAAUAAAUUUUAAAAUUAUUAAAAAUAAAUCAAAUGAAUGGAUAUUAUUAAAAAAUUUAUUAAUUGACGAAAAUGAAAAUAAUAAUUAUUCAUUCACAAAUAAAACAAUUGAUGAUUAUAAUAUAUGUAAUAAUACAAUCACAUUAAUUACAAAUGAUAAAAUUUAUAUUUUUAAAAAUAUUAAUGAUGAAAAUAAUAAUAAUAUAAAAUAUGAAAUGUCAUCAAUUGAAACUUUAUUAAAAAAUCAAUUUUUUUCAAUAACAUCAUCACCAAUAAUUGAUUUAAAAUGGUCAAAUAAUGGUUUAAUUUUACUAUUGAUAACAAAUAAAAAAAUAUUUUUAUUAAAAUGGAAUUCAUUUAAUGAAAUUAAUUUUAAUAAUUUAUUAUUUAUAUAUGAAAAAGAAGAAGGAGAAGAAGAAGAAGAAGAAAUAGAUGAUAUAAAUAAUGAUUUUUUAAGAGUAGAAUGGAUUGAUAAUGAAAACUUUAUAAUAACUUCAUAUCCUUCAAUUCAAACAACUACAACUGCAACAACAUAUAUGGAACCUAUAUUAAAAUUACCAUCAAUUUCAAAACCAUCAAUAAAAUUAUUUGAAGAAAAUACCAUUGAGGAAGUUGAAGAAGAAGAAGAAGAAAAAGAAGUUCAAUUUAUUAAAUCAAAUAAUAAUAAUAAUAAUAAUUCUAUAAUUGAAUCAUUAUUUAUGGUUAACCAAUCAACUAUUAAUAAUAAAACCAAUACAUUAAUUUCAAAACCUUUAAUAAGUAUUGAAAGUGAAUCAUCAUCAUCAUCAUCAUCAUCAAAUGAACCAAUUGAAACAAUAAAUAAAAAAUCAAUAAAAGAAAAAGGAUCAUAUUUAUUAUUAUUUAAAAUUUAUAUUAACAGUGAUGAAAAUAAAAAUAAAAUUGAAAUUAAAAAUUUAGAUAAAAUAAAAUUAAAUAUUAAUAUAUUGACACCUAAUAUAUUAACAUUAAAUUAUGAAAAUGAUUUAAUUGGUAUUACAUCAACAUUUUCAAAAUAUAUUCAAUUAUUUAAAAUUUUAAAAAAUGGAAAUGAAAAUGAAAAUUCAAUAAUAAUUGAAAAUAAUAAUAAUAAACUACUAUCAAUUGAUAAUAAUAAUGAUAAUGAAUUUUCAAAAUAUAAAUCAAAAGGGUUAUCAAUUUUAUCAGAUAAUAAAUUAUAUAUAAUAGGUGGUGAAAAAUUAAAUGAAAAAGGUAUUGGAUUAUCAUUUAGAUCAACUUCAAAUUGGAAAAUUUCAUUAUUUAUAUCAACUGAAUCUAUUGAACCAAUUAAAUCAAAUUUAAAAAAUAAUGAAAAUGAAAAUUCUUCAAAUUUAGAAUUAUCACCAUCAACAUCAACAUCAUUAUUAAAUAUUCAAAAUUUAAUUUUAAAUAAAUUAAAUUCAAUUGAAAAUAUAUUAACAAAUCAUUCCAAUAGAUUAUCAAAAAUUGAAAAUUCAAUUAAUUUAAUAACAAAUCAUUUAAAAAUAAAUAAAAAUUAA